GAGACAAGCAGGCUCUUUGAGGAGAGAGAAGCUCUUGGCUGAUUGAGCAGCUCCACGUCCUGGCUGUCCCGGAGCUUGAUACAUAGAAAAGACUGACCUCAGAUACACAGAGAUCCUUCUGCUUCUGUCUCCCAAGUGCUGGGAUCACAGGCAAGAUGUCCUUCGAGGGAGCCAGGCUCAGCAUGAGGAGCCGCAGAAAUGGUACUAUGGGCAGCACCCGGACCCUGUACUCCAGUGUAUCUCGGAGCACAGACGUGUCCUACAGUGACAGUGAUUUGGUGAAUUUUAUUCAGGCAAAUUUUAAAAAACGAGAAUGUGUCUUCUUUACCAGAGACUCCAAGGCCAUGGAGAACAUAUGCAAGUGUGGUUAUGCCCAGAGCCAGCACAUCGAAGGCACCCAGAUCAACCAAAAUGAGAAGUGGAACUACAAAAAACAUACCAAGGAGUUUCCAACAGACGCCUUCGGGGACAUUCAGUUUGAGACUCUGGGGAAGAAAGGCAAGUACUUACGCUUGUCCUGUGACACCGACUCUGAAACUCUCUACGAACUGCUGACCCAGCACUGGCACCUCAAAACACCCAACCUGGUCAUUUCAGUGACGGGUGGAGCCAAAAACUUUGCUUUGAAGCCACGCAUGCGCAAGAUCUUCAGCAGGCUGAUUUACAUCGCACAGUCUAAAGGUGCGUGGAUUCUCACUGGAGGCACUCACUACGGCCUGAUGAAGUACAUAGGCGAGGUGGUGAGAGACAACACCAUCAGCAGGAACUCAGAAGAGAACAUCGUGGCCAUUGGCAUCGCAGCAUGGGGCAUGGUCUCCAACAGGGACACCCUCAUCAGGAGCUGUGAUGAUGAGGGACAUUUUUCAGCUCAAUACAUCAUGGAUGACUUUACCAGAGACCCUCUAUACAUCCUGGACAACAACCAUACCCACCUGCUGCUUGUGGACAACGGUUGUCAUGGACACCCCACAGUGGAAGCCAAGCUCCGGAAUCAGCUGGAAAAGUACAUCUCUGAGCGCACCAGUCAAGAUUCCAACUAUGGUGGUAAGAUCCCCAUCGUGUGUUUUGCCCAAGGAGGUGGAAGAGAGACUCUAAAAGCCAUCAACACCUCUGUCAAAAGCAAGAUCCCUUGUGUGGUGGUGGAAGGCUCGGGGCAGAUUGCUGAUGUGAUCGCCAGCCUGGUGGAGGUGGAGGAUGUUUUAACCUCUUCCAUGGUCAAAGAGAAGCUGGUACGCUUUUUACCACGCACUGUGUCCCGGCUGCCUGAAGAGGAAAUUGAGAGCUGGAUCAAAUGGCUCAAAGAAAUUCUUGAGAGUUCUCACCUACUCACAGUAAUUAAGAUGGAAGAGGCUGGAGAUGAGAUUGUGAGCAACGCCAUUUCCUAUGCGCUGUACAAAGCCUUCAGCACUAAUGAGCAAGACAAGGACAACUGGAAUGGACAGCUGAAGCUUCUGCUGGAGUGGAACCAGUUGGACCUUGCCAGUGAUGAGAUCUUCACCAAUGAUCGCCGCUGGGAGUCUGCCGACCUUCAGGAGGUCAUGUUCACGGCUCUCAUAAAGGACAGACCCAAGUUUGUCCGCCUCUUUCUGGAGAAUGGCCUGAAUCUGCAGAAGUUUCUCACCAAUGAAGUCCUCACAGAGCUCUUCUCCACCCACUUCAGCACCCUAGUGUACCGGAAUCUGCAGAUCGCCAAGAACUCCUACAAUGACGCACUCCUCACCUUUGUCUGGAAGUUGGUGGCAAACUUCCGUCGAAGCUUCUGGAAAGAGGACAGAAGCAGCAGGGAGGACUUGGAUGUGGAACUCCAUGAUGCAUCUCUCACCACCCGGCACCCGCUGCAAGCUCUCUUCAUCUGGGCCAUUCUUCAGAACAAGAAGGAACUCUCCAAGGUCAUUUGGGAGCAGACCAAAGGCUGUACUCUGGCAGCCUUGGGGGCCAGCAAGCUUCUGAAGACCCUGGCCAAAGUUAAGAAUGAUAUCAACGCUGCUGGGGAAUCGGAGGAACUGGCCAAUGAAUAUGAGACCCGAGCAGUGGAGUUGUUCACCGAGUGUUACAGCAAUGAUGAAGACUUGGCAGAACAGCUACUGGUCUACUCCUGCGAAGCCUGGGGUGGGAGCAACUGUCUGGAGCUGGCAGUGGAGGCUACAGAUCAGCAUUUCAUCGCUCAGCCUGGGGUCCAGAAUUUCCUUUCUAAGCAAUGGUAUGGAGAGAUUUCCCGAGACACGAAGAACUGGAAGAUUAUCCUGUGUCUAUUCAUCAUCCCCUUAGUGGGCUGUGGCCUCGUAUCAUUUAGGAAGAAACCCAUUGACAAGCACAAGAAGCUGCUGUGGUACUAUGUGGCCUUCUUCACGUCGCCCUUCGUGGUCUUCUCCUGGAACGUGGUCUUCUACAUCGCCUUCCUCCUGCUGUUUGCCUAUGUGCUGCUCAUGGACUUCCACUCAGUGCCACACACCCCCGAGCUGAUCCUCUACGCCCUGGUCUUCGUCCUCUUCUGUGAUGAAGUGAGGCAGUGGUACAUGAACGGAGUGAAUUAUUUCACCGACCUAUGGAACGUUAUGGACACCCUGGGACUCUUCUACUUCAUAGCGGGUAUUGUAUUCCGGCUCCACUCUUCUAAUAAAAGCUCGUUGUACUCUGGGCGCGUCAUUUUCUGUCUGGAUUACAUUAUAUUCACGCUAAGGCUCAUCCACAUUUUCACCGUCAGCAGGAACUUGGGACCCAAGAUUAUAAUGCUGCAGCGGAUGCUGAUCGACGUUUUCUUCUUCCUGUUCCUCUUUGCUGUGUGGAUGGUGGCCUUUGGCGUGGCCAGACAGGGGAUCCUAAGGCAAAAUGAACAGCGCUGGAGAUGGAUCUUCCGCUCUGUCAUCUAUGAGCCCUACCUGGCCAUGUUUGGCCAGGUUCCCAGUGACGUGGAUAGUACCACAUAUGACUUCUCCCACUGUACCUUCUCGGGAAAUGAGUCCAAGCCACUGUGUGUGGAGCUGGAUGAGCACAACCUGCCCCGCUUCCCUGAGUGGAUCACCAUUCCGCUGGUGUGCAUCUACAUGCUCUCCACCAAUAUCCUUCUGGUCAACCUCCUGGUCGCCAUGUUUGGCUACACGGUAGGCAUUGUACAGGAGAACAACGACCAGGUCUGGAAAUUCCAGCGGUACUUCCUGGUGCAGGAGUACUGCAACCGCCUAAACAUCCCCUUCCCCUUCGUUGUCUUCGCUUAUUUCUACAUGGUGGUGAAGAAGUGUUUCAAAUGCUGCUGUAAAGAGAAGAAUAUGGAGUCUAAUGCCUGCUGUUUCAGAAAUGAGGACAAUGAGACUUUGGCGUGGGAGGGUGUCAUGAAGGAGAAUUACCUUGUCAAGAUCAACACGAAAGCCAACGACAACUCAGAGGAGAUGAGGCAUCGGUUUAGACAACUGGACUCAAAGCUUAACGACCUCAAAAGUCUUCUGAAAGAGAUUGCUAAUAACAUCAAGUAAGGCUGGCGAUGCUUGUGGGGAGAAACCAAAUCACAAUGAGGUCACAGCAACCACCUGGAUGUGGAGGCUCAUGGGACACUGAUGGACAGUACUGCUAAUGACUUCUAAAGGAGACAUUUUCAGGUCCCUGAGCACAGGGUGGAUGACUCUUAGUCACCCUCAAGGGCAUAGGUCAGGGAGCAAAGUGUACAGAGGACUUUACACCUGAAGAGGGGUGCAAAGGACCAUGUUCUUCUGUGAAGGUGCCUGUGUUUUCUGCAUCUCAGAGCCUUGUCCUGAUGCUGAGGGAUUAAGUGUUGACACUCCUUUCCCACGACUGUGACUCUGGCCCUGAUUUUAUACUUAUACUGCUAUUGUGUCUAUUUCCUUUUCUGCAGUGUGUGAUGAAUUCGUCGACACACUGUCAAAGAGUCCUACCCCAUCCCAAAGAAAAAUAAGGCCAGAUUCUAAAACACCUAAGGGCAACCUCUCCUUUCUCACAUGUCAAACAGGGGUGGGGUGGGGAACACUGAGGCAAUGACUUCUUUCUCUGGGGCUCACCAGAACUUCCGCUGAAGGGACCACCCAAAAGGAAUUCUUGAGUGGUGUACCUUGCUUCUCCCCCCACCCCCAGGAGUGUGCCCCUCCUCCACUCUUUCAUUAUUUCCCCAUUAAAAAUAGUGACUGGAUCUCACAGGAGGCUAGAGGACAUAGAGGACACAAAUGUAUGUAAACCCCUCCCACUCAUGUAGUCGUUGCUCACACUUCUGAGUGUUUGCUCAAUUCCAGCCUUUUCUAUGCAUGCACUUUUAACAACCUUAUGUGACAUCAUCACCUGCACAUACAGUUUUCUAUAGGCUUUCCCAUCAACUAUUUUACCUGAGAUGUUUUCUUCACAGUCUUUACAAGCAUUAUCAGUAACUCAGUAGUAUUCAAACCUCUAGCAAUUUCCAUACUGUAGGUCGCUGAUAGCUGGCUCCACCUAGCCAUUGAAAUGAAUGUCUCUGUGCACGUCUUCUCUUUGCAUUAAGAACACCAAGAAAUCGCCUAUGUAGAGUAUUAGAUUCUUUGGAAUAUCUGUUGAUUAUCAAACCACUUGCAAGGCUUUUUUUCAUCAAUGUAUAGCAAAAUAGGCUUUAGUAACUUGUGCAUAAGACAUAAGCUACAUGGCGCUCUCUCUAGUAAGACAUAUCCGACUUCACUUUCACUUUAGGAAGAAGACAACACUCUUAUUUAGGCAUUGUGGAGCAUGUGGGUGUUGGUGCAGACACUGAGUGAUUGUCUGCCUGAACACUCCACCCCUGCCCUUCUCCAGAGCUGUGGUAUCUGUGCUCAAAAGAGCUUGGCAGAGGGAGCAUAAGGCCGCUUUAAGUAUUGAAAGUGAAAAGUUUUUCAACUUUUUCAUAAACCAUACACUCAGCAACUGAAGGAGCGACCCUCAGCAGGAAGCUGUUGACUGAAUGUUUAGGUAGAAGAAUGACUGACGCAUUAACCCAGAUGUGUUUAUUUUUAUUUGGUCUGGCUAUCCACACGCUGCAAAUGGAAGCAGAGAGGGGCAGAACAAAGGCUGCCUGGCCUUUUUUUUUAAAUGUUUGCCCACUGUUUUAUUUAUUUAUUUUAUUUAUUUAUUUUUAUUUUUUGAGAAGAAAACAUUUAACUAGCUUUUUAAAAAAAUUUUCCCAAUUUUAUUAGGUAUUUUCUUCAUUUACAUUUCAAAUGCUAUCUCGAAAGUCCCCCAUACCCUCCCCCCCUCCCCUACCCACCCACUCCCACUUCUUGGCCCUGGCGUUCCCCUGUACUGGGGCAUAUAAACUUUGCAAGUCCAAGGGGCGUCUCUUUCCAGUGAUGGCCGACUAGGCCAUCUUCUGCUACAUAUGCAGCCAGAGACAAGAGCUCUGGGGCUACUGGUUAGUUCAUAUUGUUGUUCCACCUAUAGGGUUGCAAACUCCUUUAGCUCCUUGGGUACUUUCUCUAGCUCCCGACUUUUAAAGCCAUCCUGGCCUCAUAGGUCUCUAACUCACUGGGGUUUCAGAAGCAGAGAGUGGAUGGAACACAUUUGCAUAAUGAAAAUGGCCAACAGGUGGAAAGUUGAACAUUUCACUGUUAGUGAGAGCAUUUCACUUCCAUUUUACCCUGAUGACCAAGGUGCUUGCCAUGUCUGAAACCACCAGGAGGAAGGGUCUGGCCUCUACAUAGGGACUUGUAAAAAAUGAAAUGUAAGACAGCACACUGACUGUUCAGACAGAAAAACAGUCAGAGCCUCACCUUCAACUCAAGUAAGGAACUGGACUAGAAGAAGCAAACAAGACUUAGCCUAGUCUAUCUGCCAACCCCCACUUAAUCAGAGUGUUCACAUGUUCAUAUUUCCACACCAUGUCUCCACCAGCUUAAGAAAACAGUCUCUGUACAUGGAAUGUUCCUGUUGACCCUGAAGAAGAGUUAGACGAUGCUUAGAAUUUGCUUACAUGGUUAAUCUACAGGAUGUGUGCUCCUGUGACGUCACUAUUUCUAACGUAGCUCCUGAAAAGAGCUCAUUUGUCAAGUCAAAGGUGCUGCAUCUGUUGGUCUGGUUCUAACCAUCUGUAGACUUGUCCCCAGAGACUCCUGCAUCAUGGCGUCAGUGUGAGCACAUUAAACCAUGGAGGAAUUGUCAUGUUUAUGUGUGGCAUUCUAGUGAGAGUAAAAAAAUAAAAGUCACUCUUUGCUGA